AUGCUGGAGCGGCUCCAGUCCUUCAAGUUCCAGUUCCACUUCCCCAAAGAAUCCAGCCCGCUACAGCCCCAAGACAUCGCAGUCCCGGACCCGGAACCGGAACCCCAUUUCAGUACUUACAAGCACUCUCAUGAAGACGAUGAAGAGUCGGAAGAGGAGGCCGGAGAGUUGGAUGAGGACCAAUUCGAAGCCGAAGAAGAAGGGUCAGUUUGGGAAUUUCACAUGCGUGUGGACCCCACUAUUGAUGAGUUGGAAAUGCCAGCCCUAGAUGAGUUGAAGAUUCGUUCUUCCUUACUGGCCGAUUGCAGUUCCCCUUCUGGAAUCGACGAGUGGAUCAAAUUCGCAAUGCAUAAGGGAGUCCAAAGGCUUGAGAUAGACUUGGAUGCAGAUAGAUUAGAUCGUCAACUGGGGAAUUAUUACUUUUCAAAGGAUUUAUUUGGAGGUCCUGGUAAUGACUGCAUAGUUUUCCCUAAGUUCCUCAAACACCUUUCUUUGAGCUACGUAAACAUAAAGGGUUAUCUUGUUGAGCAGUUUCUAUCCAACUGUCAAUUUAUUGAACACCUCUGUGUGUCUGGCUCGGCGUAUUUAGAAGAUUUGAGGGUUGUUGGUUCAUCACUCCAGUUGAAGUUCCUGCAGAUUAGUGACUGUCCUUGGUUAGAAAAGGUUGAGAUUUUUGCUCCUAAUCUUGUGUCAUUUGUCUAUUACGGAGUAAGUAAAUGUAGUGAAGUAGUUCUGUUGAAGCAUGCACCCUUGCUUGUUAAGAGACGCACCAAUAAGCUCCGUGAAUUGCCAGAAUUGACAAGACUUAAGGAUUUAUCAUUGAGCUAUAACAUUAUUGAAAGGCGGGACAACCAAUUUGAUUGGUGGCAAAGCAUCCUUGAAUUGACAACUUUAGUAGAGCGAUCUCCUUUCUUGCGUACAUUUACUUUUAAGGUUGGUUUUGGCUUCAGGUGUGGGACUGGGGCGAGUUGUGGUGAUGCUGGGUGUGGUGGCGGGAUCAUGACAGAGCAGGCACGGCAUGGUCGGCAGAGCAAAGCUGGAUAUGGUUUCGCAGGCUAG